CCACUUUGAAGUUUGAACUAAAGUUACUUAUAAGUUGUAUUGAAUUUGUGUGUGUAGACUAGACUAGUACUAGUUAUAAUGGAGAGGAAAACACUCGGACUUUUCUUCAUGCUCUUCCUUCUCUUAUCCGCUGAUGUAGCCCUCAAGACGGCUGAGGCUAGAAGGUGCGAAUCAAAGAGCCAUAAAUUUAAGGGUCCAUGCGCAAGAGACAGCAACUGUGCAUCUGUAUGCAAGGGAGAAGGUUACACUGGUGGUGACUGUCGAGGCUUCCGUCGCCGCUGCUUUUGCACCCGGGAAUGUUAAUUGCAGCUUCUAAGUUAUAAUCACUCCAUCAUCAAUCAUAAAUAAAUAAAUUAAUAGCACUAAUUAACUCAAGAUACGUGUACUACUUAGCUAGUUAGUGUUAUUAAUUAUGCAGCCACAAUGUAGUAAGAUCAUAUAUGUGAUCUUUAAGUAUGUUUUCAGUUUAAUGUUUAAUCAAUUUUCUUCACGAUAUAUUGUAAUAAUAUAGUGCCAAUAAUUUUGGUAUAUCUCAACAAAAAAAAAAUC